GAAACCUAAACUUCUUCCAAAGAGUUAGUGUGUCCAUCGAUGUUGCUCAUGCACUUAAAUGUCUACACCACCAUUGUGAAACAUCAAUCAUUCAUUGCGACCUCAAGCCAAACAAUAUUCUACUCAAUGAGGAAAUGGUUGGUCAUCUAAGUGACUUUGGAUUGGCAAAAAUCAUUUCUUCAGACAUGCUUAACUAUUUUUCUCAUCAUUCAAGCUCCCUUGGGUUAAGAGGAACAAUUGGUUAUGCUCCACCAGAAUAUGCCAUGGGAAGCAAGUUGUCAACAAAAGGUUAUGUGUAUAGCCAUGGCAUUCUCUUGCUGGAGAUGUUUACGGGGAAAAGGCCGACUCAUGAUAUGUUCGAAGAAGAUUUCAGCAUUCACAACUUUGUUGCGGCAGCUUUGCCUGAUCGGGUGACUGAAAUUAUUGAUCCCAUCUACACAAGGAAGAAUUGCAGAUGUCACUCUUAA